GAUUAAUUGUCAAAUAUGUGAGAGCUGAUACCGACUAGCAUUUGAGUURAUUUGCGUUGACAAGUCUAUUCCAUGGUACAACGAUAUUUACAAGUGUUCAAAAAAAUGAUUUGCUUCGUUCUUGUGUUACUGUUUCCAUGGCAAACUAUGGCAGACAGCUGCAGAAGCUCUCCAUACUCAAUCCAAGGGUUCAGGAUUCGUGGUCAUGUGAUCAAAACCGUUUCUCUAUCGACCAGAAGUCAAUGCGAGCAUCAGUGUGCUGCACAACAAGGCUGCAACAGCAUCAGUUUUCAUCAGAAUAAAGGAAAGUGCGAAUUGCAUGACGGUAAUCACAUCUCAAAUCCUGAAAUCGUUCUUCCAAGUGAUGGAUACACCUACGUGAACUUUCCAGCAAGGCCUCCAAAGAGAUGUAGUCGUAAGUUAUGCAGCUAUCCGUUAGCAUGUGUGCCGGAGGGCAACAGUUACAAAUGUGUUACUUGUGAAGAGGCCAAGUCUGAACAAGUUUUGAACUUCCCAAGGAAAUCUGUUCAAGACUAUGUCAUUCUGGACGAUCCAUUUGAUUCAUUGAGCGCCUUCACGCUUUCACUAUGGGUACAGAUGAACGACACGAGUGAAAUUCACAACCCGAUUCAGUAUGGCACAAUKUUGGACGACAAUGCRCUAGGCAUCUAUGUUACGAAGACGUAUAUUGCUUUAGAAGUUAAUAAUGACRAAAAGUAAGUGGAAAAAUCUGCGACUACKUCGAAGGUCUUGACUGUAUGGACACCACGUUUAGUCACUCGAAAACCACAAAACCUCAUUUUCCUUCGCGA